AACUGCGGCCUUUAAAAAAGCCGUCAGUUGCAUUUUAGCACCGCGCGGUCCCAAUCCGAAGAGACCACCGUCACUUAUUUUAUUGGAGUUGACACAAAAAUUACUUAGGAGUGUAUAAAAUAAAAUGCAGCUCACCUGGGAAGCAGUCGCAGCGUCUAUUCUGCCGAGUCUUGGCGGAUUUGUCAGCACCCCGUACACCCUGAAAAAAAUCAAAACCUGGUACAAGACUUUAGUGAAACCAUGGUGGACCCCGCCUGAGUACGUUUUUGGUCCGGUGUGGACUUUUCUGUUCACAAGCAUGGGGUUCGCCUCGUACCUGGUAUGGCGAGACGGGGGUGGUUUCGGCGGCGAGGCCAAAACCGCACUCGCUCUUUAUGGAGCUCAACUCGCCAUCAACUGGGUUUGGUCACCAAUUUUCUUUGGCAUGGAAAGCGUUAAAGGGGGUUUCUUUAUUGGCGCCCUUUUGUGGUGCACGGCCGGCGUGGCUUCGGUGGCCAUGGCAAGGGUCAACCUGACGGCUGGUUUGCUCAUGGGACCUUACAUGAUGUGGCUCACACUUGCCACGUCCAUCAACUUUUAUCUUUGGAGAAACAAUCCUCCGAAAAAGAAGAAGAAAAAUAACUAGAGAUAAAAAAGUUAUAUUAACUUUUAGUGAGAGACAAGCAUUUUAUUUGUAUCUAAAAUUAGUAAAAUUUAAGCACGCGCACAUUGAAUACCAAAAGCCUAACCUGUGCUAGUAUAAAUAAAAACUAAAAAUAUUCUUUUCUUUUCAUAAAUAGGUGAAUUGGAAUUCCAAUUUUCCAAUAUGAAACUGUUUGAAUUGCACCAAUUAAUUAAAUUUCGUUACACAAGAGUUGCAUCAUUAAAAAAUCUAUGAACAACAAUGAAUAUUUGUAAAAAAGGCGUCUGCGUUUCACUAUAAUGACUUAUCGAAGCAAAUUUAUUUUCUGAAAAACAAAUUUCUUACUUAAAUCUUAGCAAAAUAUUAAAUAUAAAAAUUUUCAU